AUGAAAUUUUAUCACACGUACAGCCACUCUCGACAGAGUGCACGUUAUCCUCUAGAAACACUGGGAAUAUCCAGUGAUCCCGAGCUGCCGACCGCAGAGAGGGUUGCACUGGGAUCACAAUGGAACAAAGUCUUCAUUUACCGGGGAAAGGAGUACGAACGCCGCGAAGAUUUUGAAGCAAGGUUAUUGACGCAGUUUCCAAAUGCAGAAAAAAUGAAAACGACGUCUCCGCCAGGCGAUGACAUUAAAAACUCCUCCGGCCAGUGUAUCCUUCGGUUGUACAGCGGCUCCCGCAGCCGCCGAGAUCGGGGAUUUACGGCCGACACGAGCAGGAGACUGUUGCACUUCUGCCUUUAUGGGUAUAUUCAGUGCUUUACUGUAAAGCCAAAACUGGAUUUACCGUCUAAAUUUCACAGGCCAGUGUCAGAACAAAUCGUCAGUUUCUAUAGGGUGAAUGAAGUCCAGCGGUUUGAGUAUUCACGCCCUGUUCGAAAAGGAGAGAAAAACCCGGACAACGAAUUUGCGAAUAUGUGGAUUGAGAGAACCAUCUAUGUGACGGCGUAUAAAUUGCCAGGGAUUCUGAGGUGGUUUGAAGUCAAAUCAGUUUUCAUGGUUGAAAUUAGUCCACUGGAAAAUGCAAUAGAAACCAUGCAGCUAACAAAUGAUAAGAUCAAUAAUAUGGUUCAACAGCAUUUAAAUGAUCCAAAUCUACCCAUUAACCCGCUCUCGAUGCUACUUAACGGCAUUGUGGAUCCUGCGGUCAUGGGAGGAUUCACGAACUAUGAGAAGGCUUUUUUUACGGAAAAAUACAUGCACGAGCAUCCAGAAGAUCAUGACAAGAUUGAAAAACUAAAGGAUCUGAUCGCAUGGCAGAUCCCGUUCCUGGCGGAAGGCAUCCGGAUUCACGGGGAGAAGGUGACGGAGGCGCUGCGGCCAUUCCACGAGCGGAUGGAGGCUUGCUUCAGGCAGCUGAAAGACAAAGUGGAAAAACAGUACGGGGUCCGCGCUGUCCUUUCAAGUCUGGAUGAUAGACGAGGCAGUCGGCCACGGUCUAUGGUGAGGUCCUUCACGAUGCCAUCGUCUUCAAGACCCCUCUCCGUUGCAUCGGUGUCUUCCAUCUCCUCCGACAGCACGCCUUCUCGACCAGGCUCGGAUGG